AAGCCCAAAUUGAAAAGCUACUCAAAGCCCAUAUUUAUUCACUUCAUACAAAUCCCUAACCACACUCAUUCCGCCUCUCUCACUACUAUUUUCGCUCUCUCAUUCACAAUACCCCCAAAAUGCAGAAGGCAGAAGCAACACCAGCUGCGGCGGAAUCCGUCCAAUGCUUCGGUCGCAAGAAGACAGCAGUAGCUGUCACGCACUGCAAGCGCGGCCGCGGUUUGAUCAAAAUCAACGGUGUUCCAAUCGAGCUUGUUCAACCUGAAAUCCUCCGUUACAAAGCCUUUGAACCUAUUCUCCUCUUAGGCCGUCACCGUUUCGCUGGAGUCGACAUGCGUAUCCGUGUUAAGGGAGGAGGACAUACUUCUCAGAUCUAUGCUAUUCGUCAGUCCAUUGCGAAAGCCCUUGUUGCUUUUUACCAGAAGUUUGUUGAUGAGCAGCAGAAGAAGGAGAUUAAGGAUAUUUUGAUUAGGUAUGAUAGGACUUUGCUUGUUGCUGAUCCCAGAAGAUGUGAGCCUAAGAAGUUUGGUGGUCGUGGUGCUCGUUCUAGGUUCCAGAAAUCUUACCGUUGAGUUCCAGAUGAAUUACUUACCCUUUUGGUUGCCGUCUACGGUAAUGGAGUUUAUGUUUUGGUUUAGUUUCGUUUAAAGACCGAUUUGGUUGGGAGAUUUUGGAUUAAUUUUGCUGUGUUUGUCCUUUUUUUAAUGCUGAAAAUUUUACAGUGUUGCUUAUGAUAUUGUUAGUUUUGGAUUACCAUUAAUUGUUUUCUGUUUUCAGUUGUUUUUACUUCUUUCAA